AUGGACUUCUCAUUCGCAAGCCCAAGUAAUGUGACACUCACUAUCAUUGAAGAGCCGAACGAGAACAACGACAACAAAACAAAGACAGCCUUGUUUCACGUUGAUCGUUCAAAAUUGAUUGAGAGCAGUGCAUACUUUCAAUCAAUGCUCUCAUCUCGGUGGGAACGAGCCGGAAACCACAAUCAAACCCUCAAAGGUGACACAAUCCAAGAGCAUGGAAGUUGUGUUGGGAUCGAUCCACGGAUUCGACAUCAAGCCAGAGUCGGUCUCUGUUACAGAAGUUUGGCACACAAUCAGGGCUUGCAAUAA